CGCUACAUGCGCGUGAUCACAUUCCGCAUUCGAAUUCGACCCGAACGCCUUUUUCGCCAUUUCCGUUUAACAAAAAUCCAACAACAACACGUCCUCAUUCUGUUACUUCUUCUCCACGACGAAGAAGAAAUCCUCUAUUCUGUUGAUUCUCCCUUCUCUUCUCUCUCACACUCUUGCUCACAAGAAACUCACGCGAAGCCUCUUUUUCUUAUCUUUUAUGCUUCAGAACUUCACGUGUUUCUAUGCUUCGUGUGUUUCACAUUGAUUACGAUAUUGAUUUUUGCGAUAAAUUACUAUUAUAGUUCCCAAACGGUUGAGUUAAACAGAGGGGAUGGAGACCGAAUGCGUGCGAGUCGCGGUGAAUAUACGUCCAUUGAUUACGUCGGAGCUUCUUCACGGUUGCACAGACUGUAUUUCAGUUGUCUCCGGUGAACCUCAGGUGCAAAUAGGAUCACAUUGUUUCACGUAUGAUUAUGUGUAUGGUAGCACGGGGGCACCUUCCUCUUCAAUUUACGACGAUUGUGUGGCUCCGCUUGUUGAUGCAUUGUUCCAUGGAUAUAAUGCUACAGUUCUUGCUUACGGUCAGACGGGCUCCGGGAAAACAUACACGAUGGGCACCAAUUAUAACGAAGAGGUGAGUAGUGGUGGAAUUAUACCCAGGGUAAUGGAGACCAUAUUUGACAGAAUUAAGACUACAACAGAUUCCACGGAAUUCUUUAUCAGAGUAUCAUUUAUCGAGAUAUUCAAAGAAGAGGUUUUUGAUUUGCUUGAUUCUAGUACAUCUAAAGGAGAGGUCACAUCUACGACAAAGGUUGCUGCACACCCGACCAGAGUUCCCAUACAAAUCAGAGAAACAUUGAACGGAGGAAUAACACUUGCUGGGGUGACCGAGGCUGAUGUUAAGACAAAAGAUGAAAUGGCAUCGUAUCUCUCAAGUGGUUCAUUGUCACGCGCCACUGGGAGUACCAAUAUGAAUAGUCAAUCAAGUCGUUCACAUGCUAUCUUCACAAUCUCAAUGGAACAAAAGAAUGGUGACGACAUCUUAUGCGCCAAGCUCCAUUUGGUUGAUCUAGCUGGUUCUGAACGAGUGAAACGAACUGGUGCCGAUGGCUUGCGUUUAAAAGAAGGAAUUCAUAUCAACAAGGGUUUAUUAGCUCUUGGAAAUGUAAUAAGUGCACUUGGAGAAGAAAAAAAGCGAAAAGAAGGAGGACAUGUGCCAUAUCGUGAUAGCAAGUUAACGCGCCUACUUCAGGAUUCUCUGGGAGGAAACAACAAAACUGUGAUGAUAGCAUGUGUUAGUCCAGCCGAUACAAAUGCUGAAGAGACAUUGAACACCUUAAAAUAUGCAAAUCGUGCUCGUAACAUUCAGAACAAGGCAAUUAUUAAUCGAGAUCCAGUGGCAGCUCAGAUGCAGACAAUGCGGAAUCAGAUUGAGCAAUUGCAAGCUGAGCUUCUAUUUUAUAGAGGUGAUACAAGUGGACCUAUCGAGGAGGUUCAGAUUCUUAAACACAAAAUAUCCUUACUUGAAGCAAGUAAUGCAGAGCUACAACAUGAGCUUAAAAGACGCCAGUUAACGUCUGAGAAUUUUGCCCAACGUGCUCUUGAGACCCAGGUUGAAAGGGACCAACUGCUUUUGAAAAUAGAAUCAAUUCGAAAUGGUAAAUCAUGGGAGGAGAUUGACUCAAAUUCGAAUCAGGAUUAUGCCCUACUGAAAUCUUAUGUUUCAAAGAUCCAAGAUCUGGAAGGAGAAUUGCUUCGAUUGAAAACUUGGAAUGCAACAAAUUCAAGUCAUUUUGUUGAUUGUUUUGAUUCUGAUGACGAUGGAUAUGGAUCAAAACAUGCUUUAUUCGCACCUGAUGAAAUGGAAGAUGAUGAAAAGGAACUAGAACACUCGUCUGUUCAAGAAAAGUUAGAUAAAGAGCUCAAAGAAUUGGAUAGAAAACUUGAACAAAAGGAGGCUGAAAUGAAGCUGUACAGUAGUAAUACUGGUGCUUUAGUUCUCAGGCAUCAUUAUGAAAAGAAACUUCUAGAGAUGGAACAAGAGAAGAAAGUUUUGCAGAAAGAAAUUGAAGAACUCAAGUGCAAUCUUGCGGAUAUUUCAUCCACUUCUGAUGACGGUUCUCAAAUGUUGAAGCAGGAUUAUCUUCAAAAGUUGAAUGCUCUAGAGGCACAGGUAUCUGAGUUGAAAAGGAAGCAAGAAGCUCAAGCUCAAGUCCUGAAACAAAAACAGAAAAGUGAAGAGUUUGCAAAAGGACUUCAGGAUGAGAUACACAGAAUUAAAGCACAAAAGGUUCAUCUUCAAAAUAAGAUUAAGCAGGAAUCAGAACAAUUUAGAUUAUGGAAAGCUUCGCGCGAAAAAGAAGUUCUCCAGCUUAAGAAAGAGGGCAGAAGGAAUGAAUAUGAGAUGCAUAAGUUGUUAGCGUUGAACCAGAGACAAAAGAUGGUAUUGCAAAGGAAGACAGAAGAAGCUUCCUUGGCCACGAAAAGGCUGAAAGAACUUCUGGAAUCUCGAAAAGCUUCCGCACGUGAAACUAUUGGUGUUGGAGGUGGGAAUGGCGUUGGAGUUCAGGCAAUUGAGCAUGAGAAUUUGAGGUUCAAUGUCCGAGUGCAUGAAGUCGUUCAAGAAUGUGAACGCUCAAAAGGAAGUGUAAUGUUCCCUUUUUUAUCUUCAAGAUUCAAAUCAGAAGUGACUGUCUACAACAUGUCUCCUGGUGCAAGACAUUCUGGUUUUGCCCUUCAAAACAAGCUUUCGACUUCUUCCGCAACUCUAGUGUCUAUGUUAUCCCAGUUGUCGGAGGCAGAAGAGCAAGAACGAGUUUUCAGUGGUAAAGGGCGUUGGAACCAAGUUCGGUCCCUUGCUGAUGCCAAGAAUUUGAUGAACUAUUUGUUCAAUAUUGCAUCUUCGUCCAGAUGUUCAUUUCGAGAUAAAGAAGUGAUUUACAGAGAGAAGGAAACGGAAAUAAGAGAUUUAAAAGAAAAAGUAGUGUGGCUAAGCUACUCACUUCGACAAUCGGAAAAGAUAAAAGCUGAACUGACUCACAAGUUAGAAUUGCAGAAAUCUGUGGGAGAUUCAGAAUUUCCGGACUCGAAUGGUGGAGGUCAUAAGUAUGACUUGCGCAAUUCGGAAUACCACCGGUCAUUGGAGGAUAUGGACAUAUCUGAGACAGAGUCAGAUUAUUAUGAUUUCACAGAUGACGACUGGGAAGAAUCGGGAAACUUAAGAGUUAGAAAAAGGAAAUCUAAAACAAACAUUGAAAAUAAUGAAUCCAAUAUCAACAAUUCGGAAGAUUUGGGAGAAAAUUCAAGAGAUUUAUUUGAUACACCUUGGGAAAGUGCAUCAGAUAUUUGCUGCCCUUGUAGCAGAACCUCAUCAUGCAAGACGACAAAAUGCAUCUGCAAAUCAAUGGGCAGCAGUUUUGGGAGUUCUUGUGGUUGCCAAGUAAAUAAGUGCCGCGAAACAGAGCAUCGAUAUCAAAUGGAAUCAGGGGAAUGUCCAGCACAAUCUGCCAUUAUUGAAGAAACAUAGAAAGAUCGUAUUCUUGUUACUCAAGGUGCAGAGUUACUUCAGGGGGGGCACUGGGUUGAUAGGCAUCCCGAGACAAACAAUGAUCAAGGGCACAGAAAACCUCUCUCUGACAUAGGAAAUAGACAGAUCAAAUCAAAUACGAAGAACGAUAAUCCGAAAAAGAAAUUGACGAAAUCCACAGUAAUUAUUGUUCCUUAUCUAGAAGCUUCUUCGCAGCCAGAGAAUUUGGAAAUCCAAGUCCCCAGACUCAACCUUAAACACAAAAAAGAAAGUAGUAACACUAGUGAAGCAAAUGUUGCUGUGAAUAAAGAUAAAGAUAGGCCACACAGAAGGUCGAAAUCCAGGCCUGAAAACGCUGCCUCAGUCCCUAGGGCAGAGGGUAAUUUUGUGGAACCAGAUGUACCCGUCAACACACGAAGGAGUGCCCGAAGCUCAUCGUCAUCAAAUACCAAUGGCGUCCCAUUGUGGGACAGGAAUGCUGCAAGUAAGUCAGAUGAACCUCAAGUGUUUGAAACAAGAACUCCAGUGCGAUACAAAAGAACACUAGACGAGAAAGAGAACAACAAUAGACGUUGAUCACAUUCCUUUCUUACAAUUUUCUUCAUUCAUGUUUAUAGAAAACAAACACUAGAUUUUCAUGAUUAUAUCACUGUUUUGGCUCCAUUUUUUUGGUUCUUAUACUAUUUACUAUUUAAGCAUUCCUAGGGGGCCAUUUUCAGGUUAGGUCAAAAUACGUUGACUUGAAAGCUCUUUUGUAAAUAGAUUUUCAAGGUCUUUUCUGCCGAAUAGCUACAGUAUUGUAAAUG